UUAUCUGCCGUGGAAGCAAAGAGUUUGAUGUGGCAGUAGCAAAUCCAGUGACAAAAACCCUAACCGGACCAAACUCCAGUGGAUUCAUUCAUCCUAACUGGACCAAACCUUUUGCCCCAAACCCAGAAAACCCUUCAAAACAGUGUCUCUCUUUCCCUCACUGUCCCUCACACAGCAACGAAGAUGGGCUUGUACGCCUCUGAGAAAAAGAGCAUGUGGGAAGGAACUCUUUUGGAAGCAAUGCUGGUCAACACUGUUCUUGUUGCUCACAACUCUCUUGCUCUGCUGCUUUUGGCGACUGGAUCGGUGAUAAAUGAUAUCAAUAUGGCAUCAAAAUUGACUGCUGUCACUGGAAGGUUUCCUUUUGAAGAACUUCUCAAAUUGAAAAAACCUUGUGCGGAAAACAAAGAUGCUAGUGAUACAGAGGAUGAUGAAGACGACAACGAAGAUGAUGAUGAUGUGAAUGACCAGGAUGAUGAGGAGGGAGGAGAUGAGGACUUCUCAGGUGAAGAAGGGGAAGAUGAAGGAGGGGAUCCUGAGGAUGAUCCUGAAGCCAAUGGCAAUGAAGGAAGUGAUGAUGAGGAUGAGGAUGAUGACGACGAAGAUGACAAUGGUGAUGAUGAUGAAGAUGAGGAUGGAGAGGAAGAAGAUGAGGAUGAAGAGGAAGAGGUUCCACAGCCACCUGCUAAAAGGCGGAAGUGAGAAUAGGAGUCCUUAUCCUUUGCCCUUGUGUUCUGAUUUCGUGCAGGAGUGUUAUGCAGUAGUGAGGCCGAAUUUAGCUUGUCAGUUUGGUCAGGGUAUAAUUUACAAUCAUCGUUCUGAAUGAACCUCUAGUGUUAUUGAUUAUCUAUGGUAUACCUGUUUGAUGUAGUAUUGAGAGAAUCUUCGUAUGUUGUGUUAAACAGCUAUUUUUCUAAUGGGUUAUGUUCACAUGGACGGAUCAAUUUAUAUGAAAUUGGGAAUCUUCAAGUUUAAUUUGA